AUGGCGACUUCUAUUGACAAUCAUGUCGUUGACAUAACUAUGUGUGCAAUUUGUCUAGAGAAACUUAACACUCCGAAGCAUUUACCAUGCUUGCAUACAUUUUGUGAAAGUUGCCUACGGACAUAUAUUACUGCUAUAUUCGAGAAAGAGCACAAACAAAGUAUUGAAUGUCCGGUUUGUAGGACUGAAGUUAUGGUACCGAACGAAAUCAAUGCAUCUGAAGAAUGGGCCAAACUUCUACCAUUGAAUUUCCUCAUCGUUGGACUAUUGGAAAAAGAAAGAGUCGAGAGCCCACUAAAACAAUGUAUGGUAUGUGAAAGAAUGGAAAUGAAAUCGGAGGCAGGUUUUAUUUGCGUUGAUUACAAAGCCAGCAAAACCUCGUCUGAUCACGAAAUAAAACAAAUUAAUGAACUAUCAUCGGUUUUUGAGUGCUUGAAAACUUUUAAAAACCUUUGUUCUAAACAUAAAGGAGAAGAGCUUAAAUUAUUUUGUGCCGACCAUCAGACUCCAUGUUGUUCGAUGUGUGUAUCAUUCAAUCAUCGCCGAUGUGAAAAUGUUCUUUCCAUAGAAGAUGCUGCGAAGGAAUAUUCGACAUCUGACGAAGUUAAAGAUUUGAGAACCCAACUUAGCCAAGUUGAUGAUGCUGUCAAAGCAAUCAUAAAAGACCGAGUAUCUGCAAAGGGAAAUAUAGAGAAGGAAUAUGAACAAAAGAAAAAAGACCUUCAGAUUAUUUUUUGUGACCUUAUUGCCAAGAUAAAUGAUAUCAAAGUCAGACGAGAAGCAGAACUAUUGAAAAUUCACAAUGAGGCAAAAGAAACAAUAGACGCUUCUAUAACUAUCUUUCAAAAUAAACAAACAAAUAUAGAAAAUGAAAAACAAAUUCUAGAUGCAGCCGUAAACAUGGCAUCCAAUGUUCAAGUUAUGAUAGAAGUUGAAAAGUUGAAGAAACACAUAGAAAAACAUAAACAAUUGAUCCAAACCAAGGCUAAAGAGCAUCUUGAUUAUGAAUUUUCACUGAAGAAUGUAGAAAAUAUUUCAAAAUUAGCUGAACAAAUGGAGAAUGAGUGUCAGAUUACAUGUAAAAAGACAAACACAUGUAUUGAACUGAGCAGCAUGACUGUAACGCCUACUUUCUCGGACAUAUUUAGAGUCUGUCGUUUUGACACAGUUUAUAGUGGUUGGACAGUCGGUGGUGUAAAAAAAGACGCUAUCUGUUUUUCGGUAUCAAAGGAAAUAGAACUAUGCGGAUUUCUAUCGUAUGUAUGUAGUGAUGGAUCAUCGACAUGUGCCGUGACCGCUUCAGUUCAACACGAAAACAACGAUCUAGUUGUAGUGACGAGCACAAUAGAGAGUAAAUUGGGUGAAAAUAAAAUGGUUAGAACUGAUUUUCCAACACCAGUUAAGCUUUUAGCCAAUAAAAAGUACAAUGUUGUUGUAGUGAUGAAAGGUCAGUCAUAUUGUUAUGGGGACAAUGGGAAACUUGUAUUAGACAUUAACGAUGUUGUGUUUACGUUUGAAAAUUCUCCGCUUAGUGAAAAUAGCACAGACACGGGACGUGGCCAAAUUCCUGGAUUUUUAUUUAGAAUUCCUGUAUAA